AGGUGCGAGGGAGCAUGCGCAGAUUGGAAACUGAGCUCCGCUGUCGUCGAACGCCGCUCUCCUCCGGGGUUAUCCCUGGAGCACGCGGCAGCCCUGGAGAUGCUUUCGGGGAGCAUGCGCAAGACGGAGGCCGAACUCUAUUCCACGCGAGUCGUGCCGAAUUCCCUCGGCAACGCGCUGCGGUGUGGAGAUACGAAGUGACCGAAGUCGCUGAGUCUCCCACUUCUAGGAUGGAUGCUAUGCAUCCUUUCCACCUGGAUUUCUUGGAAAUCCCCAGUAAAUCCACCCAGAAGCCAGAACAUGCCACUAUAUCAGAAACAGAAAAUCAAAACCAGCCACAGUCUGCAUUAAAAGCACUACAACAUCAGUUGGAAUCAUUUCAGGCUCUCCGUUUGCAAACUUUACAGAAUGUUAGCAUGGUACAAUCUGAAAUUAGUGAAAUAUUGAAUAAAAGUAUUAUUGAAGUAGACAGUCCACAGUUAAACACAGAAAAGGCAACCAAGAAACCUGUUGAAAAACUUUGGGAAGAACAAAUUGUCACAAUAUUAUGUAAGGACAGUCAAGGCCAAAAUACCUUUAAGCAGUCCACAGAGAACCCAGAAGAAACCCUUUCUAAGGAGAAAAUGAAUCAUCUUGGGGAGUGCAGUAGUAGUCAUCCUGUGGGAGAAAAUUCCAAUUCUGUCACUGGCAACAGUAUCUCCCGAGGUGUUCCAUCCCAGGUUACUUUCAAGAACACAUCAACUUUGAAAAAUCAAACAAGUAGAUUAACUUCAAGCCCAGACAUGAGCACUUUAGAGAAACCAAACUUACUCGAGAAUCACAGUGAUUUGUGUAAUUUUCUACCUUACAUAAAUCAGAUUUGUGCCAAUACAACUACUCCUGUGGAAUCUAAAAGUCCCAUGCCUUUUCUCAAAGUAGAACUGGGUGGAACCUUAGAUGAUGUUUGCCUUUCUAUCCAAAAAAUGAAAGAUGAGCUUCAAAGAUCACAUGAAAGGGAACUGGCCCUAGCAAAUGAACUUCACAUGUUAAAGAAUGCUACAGAUACUCAAGGUAAUUGUUCAAAUAUCAUAAUUCCUCCAAAAGUGGAAAAAGCCAAGUGUAUUAAAAAAGAAAAGGUAGAUGAUGAAUUAGAUGUGGACACAAAAUCAAAGAGACUUUUAGCAUUAGAGGCAUUAGUAAAUAAAUUGAUUCCAAUAGAGGAAACAAGGUCAAAAUCUAGUACCAAUUAUUGUCAAAACUGUCAAAGCUUAACUGAGAAUGAUUGUACAACAAAUGUUAACCAUAUUGCUAGGCAAAGUGAAGAAAGAACUGAGAAAAAUAAUUAUGAAAUUCCUGACACUGAAAGUGUUAAACAUUUCCAAUCAGAUGCUAGAAAUUCAAAAGAUACAUCAUUAAUUGACCAAACAGAACGUGAAAUGAAAGAUAAAGAAAAUCAAUUAUUCGAGUUAUACCAAGGAUCACUAAAGGUUGAAAAUGAGAAGUCACCAAAAAUCAACCCUGUAACCGAUCAGUAUAUUGCAAAAAUUCAGUAUUUACAAAAUUAUCUAAAAGAAUCUAUGGAAGUACAGAAGAAAGUACUAGGAUUGGAAAAUGAAAAUCUUGACCUAAAGACAAAAAUAAAACCCAUGGUCUAUACCAUACAGUCGCUAAUGCAGAAAAAUUCAUCAUACCAAACUCAACUUAAUGAUUUAGUUGAAGACAAGAAAACCAUUCAAGCUAAGUUAGGUAAAUCAGAAGAAGAUAGUAGAGAAUGUAUUAUUGAACUGAAAAGAAUAAUACAGAAAUAUAGUGAACUCCAAAAUGUAAAUAAAAUUCUAGAAGAAAAAAAUGGCCAGUUCUAUUUGGAGAUACAACGCAUGAUGGAAUUAAUAAAUCAGUUAAAAAUUAAGGAAGAGGAAACUCAAAGUAAAAUGAGUCUUGUCAAUAGUGAAGUGAAUCGAUUGAAAGUAGAGCUAGAAUCUUUGAAAACAAGUUAUUCAGUGUUACAAAAUGAUAAACAGUUACUAGAUAGAAAAGCAUGCCAACUUCAGAAAGAAAACUGCUCACUCCAGCAUGAACUAAAUGCAAGUCAUUUGGAAAUUCUAGAACUAAAAGAAAAUGAGAGAUUAACAAAAUUCGAUCAAGAGACUCUUCUUCAAGUGAUAGAGAGCACUAAGAAUGAAAAGCUAACUCUUGAAGCCACAUUACAAGAAUCUACAGCUGCAAGACAAAUAAUAGAGCAAGAGGUUGAAAAAAUCCAAUCCUAUCAAUGUGAUGCAGAAGAGAAGUUUAUAGCAGAACUUCAAAAUGCAAAGUCCAAAGCCAGCUAUUUUAAGAAUGGUUUAUCUGAAAUGAGCAAGGAAUGUGAGAAGUUAUCCAAAAUGGUUAAGAGUCUUCAGUCAGAUAACCAAGUUUUAAAAGAAGAAUUAAAGAGUCAUACUCAAGAAAAUCUAAAAUUUGCAAAGAACAUCAGUAGGCUAACUGAAGACAAAGUGCUUUUAGAAAACUAUUUAAGAACAGUAGAAAAUGAAAGAGACAGUUUGAAAUUUGAAGUUCAGCGUCAACAAGAUUACUUUAGCUUAGGUGAUAUAUUUUCAAAUAAACGUCGUAACCUGACUCAACUGACUUACUUAUCAAGAAGUGAACCACGCCAUUUUGACGACUCAUGAUACUUGGGAAAAAAUUUUUAAUUUCGGGAAUAAUAUUUUAGAGCAUGACCCAUAAGGCAUAUCACCUUAAACUGCAUCAUUCUCAUCCUUUCAAGAAAUGAUAAUAAAUAUUUGUGACCAAUAAGAA